UAACUGACCCCGCCCUCCCGGAGCAGUUUCCUUUUCCGUCACGCCAUUUUCCAUCGACGACCGAAGAUCAAACGAGUUAGAGGAGCGCGGAAAGCCUUAGCAGUGAAUUUCAACAAACACGAUCCAGUCAUGCAUCGUGACUGUCCUCUCGACUGUAAAGUCUAUGUUGGAAACUUGGGCAACAAUGGAAACAAGACAGAGUUAGAAAGAGCGUUUGGCUACUAUGGCCCUCUCCGCAGUGUAUGGGUGGCCAGGAACCCCCCAGGCUUUGCUUUUGUAGAAUUCGAGGAUCCCAGAGAUGCAACUGAUGCAGUGCGAGAGCUUGAUGGAAGGACGUUGUGUGGUUGCCGAGUGCGAGUAGAGCUGUCUAACGGUGAGAAACGCAGUCGCACCCGUGGCGCUCCCCCUUCAUGGAGCAGGCGUCCCCGAGACCGAGAUGACUACAGGCGUCGUAGCCCACCACCCAGGCGAAGAUCCCCACGCAGGAGGAGCUUCAGCCGCAGUCGUAGCAGGUCUUUCUCCAGAGACAGGAGGAGGGAGAGGUCCCUCUCCCGGGACAGGAACCACAAACCUUCGAGAUCCUUCUCUCGAUCAAGGAGCCGCUCCAGGUCUAAUGACAGAAAAUAGAGGAAAGUCUGUCAGGCAUAAAGGGAGCGUGAAGACUGAACGGUUGUACAGGCUUUGCCGUUUCAUACGAUGGACUUCAACAUGGCCGCUCGGUCAUUUUUUGUGUUGGGUUUUUUAAACAAUCAAGCAUUUUAGUGUCCCUCCCCUUUUGUUGUUAUGGUAAUUUUCAGAUACUUUGAGUGGGUGUGCAAAGGAGUGAUGCGUCACUGAAGUCGUGUCCGUCUCCUCGGUCCUGAAAACAGUCGUACCACCCAGCAUUCCAGUUCACCAGUUAAUCUCUUGAUAGCUUUGGUUUUUGUUGAUGAAUGUACUGUGUAGUUUGACAUAGUGUGAGUAGUUCCUCAUUUUCAUUGUGUAAACGCCAGCAUUUUUUUAAGGAAGGACUGGAAUGAUGAGUACUCAAGUCCCUCCUUUUGAUUGUCUGUAAAGCCAACCUAUUUUUCAACGUGCUACUUUUCUUCAUACUGAAGGUUUCCAUCUGUUAAUGGUUGGUCAUUUGUAAUAAAGGAACCCUCAUUCAUGAUGCAAAA